AUGUGUGGGUGGGCCGAUGCGGCCCUGCAGCAGGUCAAGGCCGAGAAGGCGGCCGCCUUUGAGGCGUCUGGCGACAAGGUGCCCCCAGAGGUGGAGGGCCUGGGCCCCCUGGCGGACGUGGACGCCGGCCAGCUGCUGGCGGCGGCGCUGGCAGAGCUGGAGGGGCGGCGCGGGGAGGAGACGCGGCGCGGGGCGGAGGUGGCGGAGGCGGUGGGGCGGCUGGCGGACGAGGACGAGGUCGUGACGGGAGAGGCCCUUGACGCGUGGGACCCCCUGGACAUGAGCGAGGACGAGCUGCGCCAGCUGGCGGCCAAGGCUGCGGGGCUGCUGGGGGGCCACAUCAGCAUGCUGGACGCCAAGAAGCUGGAGCAGGCGGGCGUGCCCAUGAGCGACCCGGAGGUGGCGGCGCUGCUGGCGGCUGCGGAGGCGACGCGGCGCCAGCUGCUGGCCGGCAGCGGGGCGGAGGGGGCCGGCUUGUAG